AUGGCUCCUGAGCCUUCGUCCUACGGCUCGUCGUCCGAGUCGGAGAGCUCCCUCGAGAGCUCAGAAAGUUCGGACUGUUCUCGGCCUCUUAAGGGCCUGAGCCCUUGCAAGCACUACGAGAGGGUGCAGAUGCAGCUGAUCGGUUCUCAGGCCCUGAAGGCUUCGCGGCUAGGAGGGCCGAGGCCUCAGCGCCUGCCGGAUGGCUCCUGGGUCACCGCCAAGUAUUGGGGCAUCAGCCAGAAGCAGAUCUCAGAGCUUUACCAGUCAAGUCGUCUGGAGCCAGGCUGGUCUGACGAUGCCGAUGUGCAUCACUUCGUCGAGACUUUUGUGAAGCCUGCCACUGCUGGCACUGAGAUGGGCUACGCACUCAUGCUGAACCAGCAUGCUCCACAGCAAGUCACACUCAUGAUCUCCCAUGCCUGGGUGGAAAACACACGGGAAUUCUUUGAAGACGUACUGGCAUCUACCUGGGACACAGAGGUGGCAUUCAUCUGCUUCCUUUCCAACUUUCAAGGCACUCCCGAGCAGAUCGACGCGCAGCUGGGCAAUGACAUUCUCAAGAGCCCCUUUACGGAGGUGAUCAGAAGUCCGGCUUGCCAGCGCAUGCUUGUGGUGCCGAAUGAAGCGCUGCGACAGAACGGGCGCGGCCUGUACAGUAGACUCUGGUGCAUCUGGGAGAUCAAGGUGGCAGCAGAUGCCGGACUCCCGAUACAGAUCGUGGAUCGGAAGAGCGACGAGGAGUACUUGCUCGGUAACUCCACGGUGUCUUCCAAGAAUGCUCGCUGCGGAGAUCCUGACCUGCCCAUGAACAAAGAUGAGCAGCUGAUCCGCUCGGCCAUUCACAAGCUACCACCCCAGAGCUCGCGUUCGGCCGCCGCGGCCUGUUUCGCGGUUUGCUUCUGCUGUUCCUAUGGAAGCUGCAUCGGGGUCAACUUGACCAAGAGUUAUCUCGGCCUGCUUUGUGGCACUCUCGUCGGCUUAUUGACGAGUACCUUGGCCAUCACUUUCAUUGUCCAACGGCUGCGCAAGUGCGCAUGGAAUUUGCGAGACCUUUCUGGGUAUCACAUCCUGGACAGAGUCAUUCGAGAUUCUGCCAGGGGUGCUUAUUCGUGGAGGCGAAUCACAGCACAUGGUGACGUGCCACUCAUGAUAGCGACAACCAUCUUUUGGGCCGGCUUCGGUGUUGCCCUGCGCUACAGCCUGCAGUCUGGCCAAGAGGCCGACUGGGCCAAGGCUGCCGUGGAGGGAAUGGGCUUCGCUUUGCUGGUCUUCUUUUGCAUCAAGGUGAAUUUGUUGGGCACCGUCCAUGGCGAGUUCUUCGUCACUCGCUGGGCGCAAUGGUCCGCCUCCUUGGUCAUGGUGCUCUUCACCGUGGCGGGCUCCGCGCUGGCUUACGUCAGGUAUGGCUGCGUUGGGAUGUUUGGGCUCGGCGCCAACAUUGGCUUCUUCACGGGGGUGCUCUUACUGGGUAUCUGCACAAAGCACUUUGUCCACGCGGCGGCGACGUUGCUAGUGAUCGCCGGCAUGCUCACGAGCGGAUGGUUCAGUCCCGUCCUUUGGAGGGAAUGGUUCCUCAUCCUCGCUGGCAGCGUGAACAUGCUCAUGACACCGGAGGGGCGCUGGUUCGAGCGGCUUCUCGUUGCCUUUCUUUGCCUAGUGUCCCUCGCGGGCCUGGAACUCCUUCACGUGCUUUUCAACAGCCAGGGGCCCCAGGGCCUGAACAGCUUCCUCUGCCAGUCCAACCGGUCGAAAUCCAUAGCUGUGUUCAAGGUGCCUUGCUGCACGACCUACUGGAACCCCGCAGCCGACAAGCUUUGGUGGCGGCGCUGGCGCAGGACGACCCAGGACGACCAGGACGACCGCCACCAGGAGAUCACAGGGACUCCACCAGGAGAUCACAGGAGACCGCCAAGACAAAGCAAGGAGACCGCCAGGAGGUCGCCCGGAGACCCCGAGAAAGAUCGCCCAGAGACAUCGCGAGAUGGCAAGGAGGGCCCUGUGCUGUACGUGACGUUCUCUGGCAUCAAGCAGGACCAGGACCUGACUCACGCAGUGGCUAUCGGCCUGGAGGUCAGGAGCCUGGAGGACGAGCAGGCCCAGGAGACGUCGGCUUGGACAUACUGUCUCGAGCAGCACCUCCAUGGGGUGCUUGGUCUGAGCAACCUUCUUUUGAGCCUGGUUGGGCUAAAGCCCCACAAGCUCCAGCUGAAUUGCCUCUUGAGUGCAGCGCAUCAGAUGCUGGACCAGCUCCAGAAUGUGCGUCGGGUGCGGACUCUGGAGCCAGCAGAUCCAGAGCCGGUUGACUUCGCGGAUCUCAUUGACGAGGUUCUGUUCCUGGUGGAGGCGUCCACGGACAAGGCCGGCAUGCCGAUCCGGAAGCCAGGCGUGGAGAUCAACAGCACCAUUGGCAAGAGCUAUGUUCCGACAGUGCUGGGGAACCGUGACGAGCUCCAGCAGUUGGCGUACAACAUCAUCCACAAUGCCUGUCGCUACACACUCUCCGGCACAGUGACGAUCUCGGGCACCCACGACAGGGAGAAGUCCCUUUAUCAGUUCACCGUGAAAGACACGGGAUGUGGAAUUCCGAAGGAGUUCCAGGCAUCCAGCCUGCAACCCGCCCCUGCGCCCCGGGCGAGGGCGCCGGCACGCUGCAUGCAGGGCCCAGGCUUCGGCCUCGCAGCCGCUGCCGCCUUGGCGGACGACGCUGGCCUCGGCCUGGCUCUGGAGUCAGAGGUGGGUCGAGGUACGGAGAUCGUUGUGACCCUGCGGUGUACGGAUGAGAAGCCGGGCAUCUCCGAAGCCAUGUUCAGCCUGGACCAGGAGGUUCCCUUCGGCCGCAUGUACUCCACGGAUCGGGUUGGGCGGACAAGGCCCCUGGUCCUGUCGGUGGAUGACGAUGAGAUCAACCAAGAAGUCAUCCGCCAGUCGCUAGGAGACGAUUACGACCUACACUGCUGCAUGGACGGCCAGUCUGCGCUGGAUUGGCUGGAGCUGAACAAGAACAACCUACCAGACGUGAUCCUCCUGGACAUCCAGAUGCCUGGAAUGACGGGCUAUGAGGUUUGCAGACGGAUCCGGGAGAACUACAACGAGUCGCUCUGGGAGCUUCCGAUUACGCUGCUGUCGGCCAAGGCGCCUGCCUCCGCAGUGGCCAUGGAGGGGUUCCAAAGCGGCAGCACCGAUUUCAUGGCGAAGCCCUUCGACCAAGAUCUUCUUCGGAAGAAGGUGAGUCUCAGCCUGGACAUGAAGAGGAGCCUUCCCAUGUCUCCGAAAAAUCGCCGACAGGCCAGCAAACCGAGUAUGCCGAGUGUGCCCUCGCGCAAGGAGGCAGCAGCGCUGCUGCGGGAACACGAGGAGCAUGUCAAGAGCCUGGAGGCGCAGAUGGCCGACCAAGCCCAGGAAAUUGCGAUGCUCCAG